GACCUGUCUGCCGUCCAUCUGGACAAGAAUCUAUAUAGCUGGGCCCGGCACGAGUUCCAUAUCCAUUUAGUCCCCAAUCUAUUGCUCACUUCACCCGCCAAUCAAGCGUUCCAUUCCCACCAUGCACUUCCCUCUCGCAGUGCUGGCUCUGCUUCCCCUCACCACCCACGCCAUCAACAUCAUUUCCUCCAACGAUGAUGGCUGGGCCGAGCUCAACAUUCGCACUUUGUACAACGCGCUCACCGCAGCCGACCACUCGGUCGUGAUAUCUGCGCCCGCAGAGAAUCAAAGCGGAACCGGUUCCGACGACGCAACACCUACUCCCCUGACCUCCCCAUGCGAAUUCGACUCCUGUCCCAGCGGCAGCCCCGCCGUCGGCCACAACGCCAGCCAACCACGCUUCAACUACGUCAACAGCUACCCAGCGACCUCCAUGAAAUAUGGCCUCAACAACCUCUCCUCCACCUACUUCUCCGGCUCUCCCGACCUCGCCGUCGCCGGGCCCAACGUAGGCGCUAACCUCGGCCUAGCCGUCUUCUUCUCUGGCACCGUCGGCGCAACCACCUACGCCGCCAACCAAGGCAUUCCGGCAAUCGCCUUUUCCGGAUACACUGGCUCCCAGAUCGCCUGGAACGUGAGCAGUGUUCCCACGUACAGUACUGUAUAUGCAGAGCUAGCGACGAAGUUGGUAGAUGAGUUGGUGGAGUCCGGAACCCCGUACUUGCCCGAGGGCGUGUGGUUGAAUGUGAACUUUGGGGCUGUGAGCGAUGAUAGUUGUACGAGUGCGGAUGAUUUCGAGUUUGUGUUGUCGAGGCUCUUUACGGCGAUUCCGUUAAUUACAGCGGAUGAUGUGGAAACCUGUAAUAGUACACGGUUGCCCACGGAGUUGAGUGUUAUGCUCCAGGAUGGAUGCUGGGCGAGUGUGUCGGUGGGCAUGUCUGGGGAUAAGUUGGAUGCAAAUGCUACGGUGCAGGGGGUGGUGUUGGAGAAGUUGGGGGGAUUGUUGACCUGUUUGGAUUAAUUCACUAAUUGUGAAUGUACAUAGUCUAUAGUAUAGUAUAUAGUAUGGUAUGUAUAGUACAAUAGGCGGAGAAGCAUGUGCAGCCCUAUAUUCGCAUAUAUACGCCUGCAGGAAUGCGUGGUCCAAGCACAGGCCAUUAUUGGUUGAAAAAUACGCUCUCCGACAUUCCGUGUCUAUAUGUUAAUAUGCGCUACUAUUAAUCUAUUCCAUUCCCCUCACCGCUGCUACCCUGUUCUGCCAUACCAACAUCCUCCGUGCCUGUCAGCACUAUCCAUACCCGCAUACGCAUCCAGCUGAUCCUUCACAGAAUUAGGCAUAACCCCCGAGCAGCAACCAUAUGCUCUGCUGUCCUUCCUAUCGCCCCACCGCUACCGUUCCUCUGCCGAUCUCUGAAGAUACUUGCCUAUAGUAGAGAUGGACAUAAAAGGAGCUCCCCUUUCCCCUCAUCCUCAUGCCACAUCUUCCAAACAAAUCACCAAAAAGAAAGAAAUAAGUUAAGAAAAACAAAAAAACCAACACAAUGUCC